AUGAAAAAAAUUAUUGCGAAGAAAGCUGCAGAAGAACGAGGGAAAAGAUCGUUUGACCGUUUUUUACUACCGAAUGCAAAUCUGGUGACUGACCGACUAGGGGACCCAUCUCCAUCCAAUUCUCAAUGUUUAGUGCCGGAUCUGUAUAAUCGUGGAGAAGCUGAGACGAUUCUAGUACCUAAACAACAAGAAAUUUCAUCUGUGGAAGACAAUAACAAAACUGAUGAAGACAGUUUCGAUGUUUUAACGACAGACAACCUGGAUUCAGAGAAAACUAUCGAUGAAUCAGAACAAAUCAACGUGAAUAAAGACCCUGGCACCUGGGGUCGUCUUGACAUCAAAACUAGAGAUCUUUUGGUUUUAGGUAAACCGCAGGGCAUUCCAAGUGAUAAUUCUGGCAGACCGUUUCCCACGUCCAUUUUGUCAAAAAAACUAAGUAAUGGGGAAUCUGCGAAUAGGGAUUGGAUUUCCUGGAGUAUUGAAAAAUCUGCCUUUUUUUGCUACCCUUGUUGUCUGUUUGAAGACAGAAGUAUUGAGAACAAGCAAUUAUCAAAUUUUGUAAAAUGUGGCGUUAGUGACAAUUGGAAAAAAAUCUACGAUCGAGUUAAAGACCACGAGUCGAAUGUAAAUCAUGUAAAUAAUUAUGUUAAAUGGAAAGAGUUAGUGAUCACACUUAAAGGAAAAAAAUCUGGUAUUGACGAUUCUCUCUUAAAAUGCAUCAGAGAAGAGGAAGAAAAGCGGAGAAGAAUUUUGACAGCCGUCAUUGACGUAAUAUUAUUUUUGUCAGAACGAAACCUACCAUUUCGAGGGACUAAUUCGACUGUCGACAAAGAUGAUUGUGGCAUAUUUUUAUCAACACUCAAACUGUUGGGAAGAUACAACUCUGACAUUAAAGAUCACUUGGAUUCGCUAGCAAGAGCUAAAGAGUCUGGGAAAAAAUUGCAAGCUCAUUAUCUGUCGUGGAGAACCCAAAAUGAUUUUUUGAUAGUCCGAGACAGCUUUUGCCCCGGGCCCCAGAAAUCCUCCGGGCGGGCCUGA